AUGGCUGCAUAUACACCGCAGUAUAUGAAUGGACAAUACAACCAACAAGAUGCAGGGCAAGGACAAAGAUUGUUUGCACAGUGGGUGGCGGGCCAUCACAGCUACGGGUCAGCAUAUGGGAUUGGGCCUAAUUACUAUAACCCAUAUUAUCUUAAUGCUUACGGAAACUGGUGGUAUCCACAUCCAUUGCAAUUAUCAGCAGCAAUGCCUUACUUUGCAGCGGCAAGCUACUACCCGCAACUAGUAGCAUCAAGCAAUAACCACCAGCCACCAGCAGCAGCAACGGCAGGUCAAAACCUCCCGCCUCCACUAGCAGCGGCAGGUCAAAACCUCCUGCUCCACCAGCAGCGGCAGGUCAGAACCUCCCAGCACCAGCAGCAGCAGCAGCAGCAGCAGGUCAAAACCUCCCACCAGCAGGAGCAGCGGCAGGUCAGAACCUCCCGGCACCAGCAGCAGCGGCAGGUCAAAACCUCCCGGUACCAGCAGCAGCGGCAGAUCAGAACCUCCCGGUACCAGCAGCAGCGGCAGGUCAGAACCUCCUGGUACCAGCAGCAGCGGCAGGUCAAAACCUUCCACCACCAGCAGCAGCGGCGGGUCAAAACCUUCCGCCUCCACCACCAGCGGCAGGUUAUUAUCCACCACCACCGGCAGCGGAUUCUCCAUGCUGGUAUAACGCUAGCAGAAGGCGUGGUGGUUGGGGGCGUGGACAAGAGCGGCCUUAUGGUCGACGAGGGGAAAGAAAACUAUACAACGUAAGGGUGGGUUGA